AUGUACUCUGCGGAAUCCGCUGCUCACCUGGCUUACUCAUCCCGGUUCUUGCCUCAAGGCGGUUUUCUGUCUCAUUCUCUUCACGAAGACUCCAUAUUCGAAGGUUUACCAUUAUCUUCUCCGUGGGGAAGCCAUUCGGACGAUCUCAGGACAUCGACUGUGGAAGAGGGCCAGAACUCCCGAUGGGAAGAUCCUCCAGACCUGGAGCAGAGUCUGUCACGACAAUUAUUAGCCCAGGACCGCAGAAGUCCUGCAGAUGAUGGUCCAUUGAGCCCGUUCUCGCAAGGCGAUGAGGUCUUGAUGUCUCCUGCAGCCAUGUUUCUAUCUGCUUUCAGCCCACCUGCUCCUUCUCCACUCCUACCUGAUUCAGAGGGCUCUACCAUUUCUGGCUAUGAACUGGGUCCUAUUAUUGGGUAUGGUGGGUUUUCUACUAUCAGACGUGCGUCUUCGCCUUCAGGUGGCACAGUAGCCGUCAAAAUAGUGCGUCGCUCGGAUCUCGCCAAACGGGAAGAUCCAUCGUUGGCGCAGAAACGCCUCGACCAUGAGGCUAGUGUUUGGGCUUCCCUCAGUCAUGAACAUAUACUCCCACUCUUUUCCACAGUUCACACCUCUUACGCCGACUUCUUUAUCACGCUACUAUGCCCAGCUGGGUCUCUUUUUGACAUUCUAAAAAGGGAUGGCCGGCCGGCUCUACCCCAUGAUGAUGCCGGAAUGAUGUUCAGGCAGGUUGUCAGGGGUUUACGGUACUUGCACGAAGUUGCUGGCUAUGUCCAUAGGGACAUAAAAUUAGAGAAUGUGCUUGUGGAUGAAAUGGGUGUAUGCAGAAUUGGUGAUUUUGGUAUGGCUCGCAAAAUCGGUGAACUAGAUGAUGGUGAAACUGCACGAGAAGAUGGUAACCACUCAGCCAAUCAGCAACACAGCUCAACAUUCCCACAGCCCAAACGUCAAAGCAAAGCAAAUCUCCCUGUUCAUCUUUCGUUAAUUCGCCAUCACGGUGGUCCUCGCCAUCGUACCUCAACCCCUGUGGGAGCUUCUGCUGUGCCAACUCCAACCCAUCCUGUUCAUGUCUUUCAGACUGGUUCUUUGCCAUAUGCUGCUCCUGAGUUACUGUCUCCCCAACUAUCUCCUAAAUCUAGCUGUGUUUACGAAGUGCCUACUGGUGUUGGUCGUGGUGCAGAGCGAGUCUUGCAAGGUUGUCUUGAGCGGUCUGUUCGCGGCCGUUGGACGAUAGCAAUGGUGGAUGAGAUGGCUUGGGGAGUAGGAUGGGGAGAAGUUGACGACACCUCUGUAUCACACGAAGACGAGUUUGAAAUUAUAGAUCAUCCCAGCCAGCGCUCUGCUUCGCAUUCAAACUCGCGGUCACGACCCCGCAUGUGUCGUGAUAAGCCUUUGGAUGCUUCAAAGCACGCUCGCGCAAAUCGCUCGCUCUCGCGUGCAUCUGUAGUGACAAGCAACUCGUGUUCCACAAGAAGCACCAGUAGAAGUGUCUCUCGUCCCCCGCCUGCACGCCACAUUCAGUCUCAAACGUACGACGCACUGUCCAAUUCCAUAUUCAGUACCACGUCAUCGUUGUCUUCUCUUACUCCUUACGAGAACACAACUCCUGCUAUUAUCGCGCCAACCCCUUCUUCCCACGAACGCGGACGCAAGCCUAAAAAGACUCACCUUGAACUUCCUUCGUCACGAUCACCCAGUGCGAGCUUUGUGCCUGCAACGCCGACAGACCUUCACGUUUCGGAUAGGUUUUCAGUUUCUAUGAAUGUUCCUGAAGACCCGUCUGAAUCUGAAUUUUCUCGUGAGGCAUCGCGCGGCCGGCGGCUUUUUGGACGAGAUACGGAAAUAUAUGCUGGCAGUGAUACGCUUGAUAACACAGCGCGAUGGGCAUUACGGCAUGGUAUGAAGCGAGGCUAUUCUGCAGGACCAUCUGAUGUGCGUGAGGAAAGUAUUAGGCCACGAGGACAUGAGCGUCUGCGUUCUUUCCAACUGGAGAAUUCUCUGGAGCGUAACAGGCGAGCAGAGAGUACUCCCCCUGCUCCUUCUCUUUGGCCUGUGCGGUCACGCACUACUGGCAAAGAGGUAUCAAAUUCGGUCAGGUUCCCUGACGUUCGUGGGUUUUUGAGAGAUCCCAGUGCAACUCCCAUUCCCAUUCCUAUGAAGAACAACAACAGGAGCCGAAGUAUUGGUGUCUGA